CUACCACUCAGCCUAGUCGCUGAAGUUGCGACAAUGCAACCCAAUCACGUUGAUUCACAGAAUGCUCACCCAACUUCAGGCAUUGCCGCUUCAGGCCCGGCGUCCAUAGACCCCGACAUCGAAAGCGACUCCGAUCCUUUAGCCCCGGCCAACGGCCAUCGAGAUUCAGUCGGUUCAAUUAUUGACGACCCCUUCUUCCAGACCUACGACCCGGCCGUUCAAGCUGCUGCAGUUUCCGAGGACGAGGACCAAUCUGAUGGAAGUUCGGUCUACCAAUCGCUAGAAGACGAGGACCACGAGCAUCUUUUUCACGACACAAAGGGGCACAACUUCGGCAAAGCGGCCAAGCAAGCCAAGCGCAAAAGCGGCGGCGGAAAGAAACUGAAGCCCGACAGCGAUGAUAACGAACCAAGCCAAUACUGGCCGCCUCCACGACGAGAAUCUUUGACCGCUACACCCUCUUCGUACUGGUCCCAAGCAUCACCGACUAUGGAAAGUUUCAACAUUGCCGUCAUCGGUUCCACCGGGGUUGGCAAAUCAUCCUUUGUCCAGCGGGUCUUAGGCCUGUCUCGGCCACCUAUCUCGAAUGCUUCCAGCGUCCGCAUGCUGGUUGACAACAACUCUCACGCCGUAACUCUACUCGAGCUGGACCUAGAGUACUUCGAAUUGAACCCUACGCAGCCCAUCCAGUGGCCAAAACAGAUCAAUGGGCAUAUCGUCCCCCGCGUCGAUGCUGCUCUUAUAUUAUAUGAUGUCACCAAUCAUGAAUCCGUGCGUGAACUACCUCAGACUUUGGCGGCUCUCACGAACUCUGGUUUACCCGCUAGUCUGGUGGCUUGCAAAUGUGAAACCCCUGAAGCAGAAUGGCAGGUCAACGCCGAAGCCAUUGCGAAUCAUCAACUCUUUAAAUCUUGUGUUUCAACCUACAAAAUCUCCUCAAAUGACACUGAUGUUGCCAAAACGUGCCUUCACACCAUCUUGAGAGCCGCAAUAGCCCAUCGAAGAGGCGAAUAUUACCGACAGACUCUUGCUAACUAUGGUUUAGAAGAAAAUGGCGAAACGUUCUCGCGCAGGCGAGCGCAGUCUGCUGCCAAUUUGGAAGCUCCUGACGUUGGCACCGGGCGCCCCAUUAGCCAACAUAGCAAACAUAGUCGAGCAAGCUCCGAUUUCUCUUUACUCAAGGGGUUCUCCAAUCCACCAAUUAACGAAAACUACCGGGCGCAGUCGUCUCGUAGCCCUAGGCAAGGCCAUAUAGCCAGCUCGAAUCCCGAGGCAGGAGAAAUGGGCCAAGCGCAAACACUCAAUAACAUGCUGAGGACUCCUGGCAUUCGACUCGAUAGACCCAGUACCGAUUCGUUCUUGGAUGUGGAUGAGUCUGACGCAGAAUCCUAUCGAUACUCCGAUGACAUCCCGAUACUUCAAAGAAAUGACGAUAACACGCUGGAUAAGCAAGCGAAGAUGGCAGGCGUAACGUUCGAUGAGCUAGUUGAUCGACUUCUUGCUCCUCGCUUGACAAGAAUCGACAACAACUUCUCUGAUGUUUUCCUCUGUCUUUAUCGCAAGUUUGCAGCUCCUGGUGAGCUUUUUACUGCCAUUUUAACCCGACUGGAUAAAGUGAGAGACGAUAAGACAGCGCAUUACCUUUCCAAGACAGCCACACAGCUCCGAAUUAUCGAGGUGGUCGCGAAAUGGGUAUCACUUUACCCCGGCGACUUCGCCCGCCCUCAAACUAGACGGAACUUGGAGGAGUUUAUCAGGCAUCUGAGUACAGAACCGAUUUUCUCAAUCGCAGCACAACAUAUGCGACGACACCUCCAAUUCAAUGUCGUGGAAGAUGACGAUACAGGUUGGGCAAACUCGGAUGAGGCUAGCGAUAAGCUCGCAAGUGAGAUCUUGUCAAAGGACAUGAACGAGCUGUCAUCGGGUGUGAGUGUGUUGACGGUGGAGUCGGACAUGGAUGGAAGACCAUCUGGAAGCUCAGAGGUCUCUCUUGCGGACAGAAGCAGCAGUGUCUCGAGCCAGGUGCAUUUUCACACGUUUGAGGACUAUGAAAGAGCUGCAAGCAACCUGGAACCUACGGACAACUUACCUAUGAACAAAUUCCGCUACCAUAUAUUCAUGGACAUCCCCGAUGAUGAUGUUGCGGACGAGCUGACCAGAAUCGAUUGGAUCAUGUUUUCCUCAAUUCGAAUACGAGAUUUCGUUCGACACGUCAGCCUAUCCGCGUCCCAAAAGGAGCGUUGCAAGAGUUUACGGAAUGUGAAUCGAAUGAUCAACCAUUUCAAUCAUGUUGCCAAAUGGGUUGCCAACAUGAUUCUGCUGCGGGACAAAGCCAAGCAUCGAGCGCUAAUAUUAGAGAAGUUCAUGAAUAUUUCACUCAAGCUGCGGCAACUCAACAACUACAAUGGACUGGCAGCCAUUCUAGCAGGUGUGAACGGAACGGCCAUUCAUCGAUUAAAUCAGACGAGAACACUAGUACCAGCAGAAGUCCAAAAGCGGUUUGCGCGGUUGGGCAUAUUGAUGGGAACUCAGAAGAGUCAUUUCGCCUACCGCCUAGCCUGGGAAAAUUCUUCCCUCCCCCGGAUUCCUUUCAUCCCCCUUCAUCGAAGAGACUUGGUGUCAGCAGAGGAGGGAAGCAGAACAUUUGUCGGUACAGAUGGAGAUCGCAUCAAUUGGAAGAAGUUUGAGGUUCUGGGAGAGGUCUUGCUACCAAUCAUGAAGAGCCAGAGUACAUCAUACCCAAAUCUAACCAAGCACGACACUGCAAGAGAACUGAUUCUGGGUUGUCGCAUGCCAACGGAUGAAGAGGACAUUUAUCAGCGAAGUGUGCAAGUUGAAAGUGGCUCAGGGGGUUUCGCUGAGCCGCCUAAGAAGAAGUUCCCAUGGUUUGCAAAGUAUCGACUCCCCUCCUAUUGCCUGGGUAAGCAUGGAAUAACGAUGUCGUGCGCGUUGCGACUCCCCACUAUUCGUGUGAUUUCAAAUCAGGCAAAUGUCGAAUUGUCAGCUUCAGCAUCGAUCAAUAUCGAUGCCCCUGAUGGCGCACGGCAUAUUGCAACGAUCAGAGAUCUCUCCUCGGCAGUGGAAGAUUCUCAUCUUUGGGUUGCUCGGUCCGGUGCUUGUUGCCUUGAGGUUUCUAUUGCAAUUAAUGGGCAUCCGAUCCUUGAGACUUUCCGUCUCAAUGCCAUCGCCGAGGCAGUCAGCAGUUGCGAGGUUUGGGGUCGCCUGGGCGUUCAUCUAGAGCCUAACCUGUCAUGUCCAGUUCAGCUACCUGGACUUCUAUCUUUCUCGCUCCAGCACCCAAAUCUCUCAUCGGCUCUCGUUGCCCCAGUUUCCGCCUGUACCACCGCAUUUCGGAAUCUAAUGUUGUCGAUCGAUGUGCGCAACGUGUCUCAAGAAGAAGAACGGCCUCGAAAGUGUUUAAAGACGAGCAAGCGGCGGAAGAAGAGGGACAAGCCAAAGGAAAGGGUCGAAGGCCGUAUGGAGAGCAAUCUGCUAGACACUCUGGAGCUGAUCGACCAACAAGCUAUUGACAGCUUCAUGUCCAGUCUCAACUCCCCAUGCGAGAAAGGGAGCGGGAAUGCAUCGCAGACUCUCCCCAGGGAGGAUACCAUUACGGACAUUAAAGUAUUGAAAGACCUGCAGUCAUCGUCCUUAAUCGAAAUUCUCUUUGAGCAGUUGAUGCUGGCGCCAGAGAGAACGUAUAGGGGCUACCAAGUCUGGGGCUGUGGACUCAGUUACUGCCUCACCAAGCUUGCGCCGGGAGUAUUUCAUAUGCCUUAUCUCAAGAGCAUAUCGGACCGCGCCGAACUACUACCCAUCAUUGCCACAUCCUUAGCAAGUAUGCAGCAUGCCGAAUCCCCGGUGCUCAGACAGCAAGUGACUGAUCUAGCAUCAGGCUACGAGGCUUAUUCUCACCCGCAUAUUGCAAAAAAAGGCUCUGUGGACAUACUGGAGAGAAAGGCCUGGGAGGUGCUUCUUCUACAUGUCAAUAUGCCUCCAUCAACAAAUAGGAGAACGCCAAAAAGAAUCAUGUUCCCGACCCGAAAUUCUCGCAUUUCGGGCCAAGGGUUAGUUGUUCCUGGGAUACAGCAGUCAAUUGGAGCGACGGAUGAAAAGGCGCCAGAAUCAGGCGAAUGCGUGCAUCGACAAAGUCAGAGGACUACAAUGAUGGAUGUAAGCUGGGACAUCAUGGAUGAUCACCUCGAUAUUGCGAAGGAUGAGGAGCAUCACGAAGCAAUAACGGAUUUAAGUCUCCAAGUUGUCGAAACGCAUCAGGAUCUAUGGAGUGAUGCUACAAAUAGCCCAACCUCCAUGUGUUGGCCAGAGCCAUGGCUUGGUGAAACUGGUCGGCUUGGAGCUGGUUUUGACACAAUGGAAUUUAUGAAUGUGAUGCCACCUGGGCAAGCUUGGAUGAGGCAGGAUAUUGACUUCGCAACAAGACAAGAUACAAUAGUCGACCCAGCAAACUUCCCAAGUCUGGACCACUGGCUGAUCUGCGACAAUCAGUGUAACUUAGACUAA